CAGACAGCUCCAUGCACUGUGAGACUGCUCAAGAGGUUUGACGAACUUGUGGAGUGGGCAAGAAUGAGAAUCAAACCCUCAAAGUCACGAAGCUUGUCCCUUCAGAAAGGGGUCAGGAGUGACCGCACCAUCUUUAGCGCUGGCGGUGAGGAAAUCCCCUUGUUGUCAAGCCAGCCUGUCCGGAGCCUCGGCCGAACUUACUCUGCAGACCUUACGGAUAAACAGAUGGGGAACGCCGUGAAGAAGCAGUUGGCAGAUGGCCUUUCCAGGAUCAACCUCAGUCAGCUCCCAGGCAAAUACAAGGUGUGGUGUUACCAAUUCACACUGUACCAAAGAAUAAUGUGGCCACUCAAGAUGAGUGAAGUUCCCUCCUCCACAGUGUGCAAGUUGGAUAGUUUGGCAAACUCGUACAUAAGGAAAUGGCUCGGGCUACCAAGAUGCCUUUCUGAUGUAGGUCUCUUUGGCAAGACCAAGCUUCAGCUGCCCCUACGUUCCAUCAGCGGGGGAUAUAAACAGGAGAAGGUGCGGUUGAUCAUGGAACUAAGAGAGUCCACUGACCCUCUGGUGAGAGCUGCGGAUGCCCAGGUUCUAACCGGGAGGAAAUGGAGGGCCAAGGAGGAAGUGGACCUGGCAAUAAGUAGGCUGCAACACAGGGAAGUGCUUGGCAGAGUACAGGACGGCCGGGCAGGCGUCGGGUGGGGACAGGCCCCCCUCUUCUGGUCGAAUGCAUCCAAAGAAGAGAGGAAGGCAAUGGUGGCAGCAGAGGUGAUGAGAGCUGAACACGAGAGGCUUACCAUCAAAGCAGUGUCCCAGGGCCAACAGGGAGGCUGGCUGUCGUGGGAAGGCGUUCUAGACAGGCAGCUGGCUUGGUCUGAUGUAUGGAAGAUUCCUCAGGCCAGGCUAAGUUUUCUUGUCAGAGCAGCAUAUGACACCUUACCUUGCCCCCGCAACCUCCACCGAUGGUUCGGCAAUGAGGAAUCUUGCCUCCUGUGCAGCACUGCUAAUGCGAGCUUCCAACACAUCAUGUCUGGCUGCAAAACAGCGUUGGCACAGGGGCGCUACAGGUGGAGGCACGACCUGGUGCUGAAGAAGCUCGCUGAGGUAGUGGAAACAUGUAGGCAGGAAGCGAAUAGCAGGCCCCCGGCCCUAAUCGCACAUUCCAUCCAGUUCGCGAGGGCUGGGGAGAGGGGUAACACCCACCACCGGAAGGACACAGGAAGACUCCUUACACCGGGCAAGGGGUGGACACUAGCAGUCGACCUUGGGAAGCAGCUCCAGUUUCCCAGGGAGAUAGUGGAAACGUCGUUGCGUCCAGAUCUGGUGCUGUGGUCUGCUGCUUGCAAGGUGGUCCUGAUGGUGGAGCUCACAGUCCCAUGGGAAGGAGGACUUGAAGCUGCCCAUGAGCGGAAGCGGGCCAAAUACUCUGAUCUGGCUGCAGAGUGCAGGGAGGCUGGUUGGAGGGCAGUCACAUACCCUGUGGAGGUGGGGUGCCGGGGGUUCGUGGGCUCCUCAACCUCUCGUCUGCUCCGCGACAUGGGUGCAACAGGUAUAAGGCACCGGAAAGCCAUGAAAGAGCUGGCAGAAGAAGCUGAAAGAGGAAGUUACUGGCUGUGGCUGAGAAGGAAGGCAAAGAAUUGGGGUCCAGUCUCCAUCUAGGGCAUCAGCAGGGGGUGGCAGGGAGAAAUCCCUGCCAUCGCUCCGCCACCAUGAGAUGUACUGGGGUUAAAGGAGCGAAACAUCCGUGACUGGUGGUCCCCAGCUGAUGACCCAUUAAUGCCCUUUGUAGUGUUCCACAGCAUGUACACCUGCAGUACACCUCAAUCUCUUAGGCACCGGUGGAGGUGCGACAGGCAGAAAUGCCCUGCAGGUUUCACCAUCUACCUGUAUGUUAAACUAAUAUCUGGUUUCCAGUGACUGCUGUGAAAGUGCAGUUGGCGGCCAGGAAAGACUGGCGGACGGCAGGAAAGUCUGCACUGGGAGUGGAAGGCUAGUCACCCAAUCCACUUGUCCCCGUGGGGACACCCUUAACCUGACUACGAAAAC